GCUCACGCGCGGACUGUGGCAGUUAACUCAGAAAGGAGAGGGACCCCGAGGGUUGGCACAGACAGCUUCGCUCGGGGGUGCCCCGCGGCUGCUCAGCUCUUGCCUUCUGCCUCCUCCAGGUGGGUGAGACAUGGGCGACUGGAGUUUCCUGGGGAACAUCUUGGAGGAGGUGAACGAGCACUCCACGGUCAUCGGCAGGGUCUGGCUCACGGUGCUCUUCAUCUUCCGGAUCCUCAUCCUGGGCACGGCGGCCGAGUUCGUGUGGGGGGACGAGCAGUCCGACUUCGUGUGCAACACCCAGCAGCCAGGCUGCGAGAACGUGUGCUACGACGAGGCCUUCCCCAUCUCGCACAUCCGCCUGUGGGUGCUGCAGAUCAUCUUCGUGUCCACGCCGUCGCUCGUGUACGUGGGUCACGCCGUGCACCACGUGCGCAUGCAGGAGAAGCGCAAGGAGCGCGAGGCCGACGAGCUGUGCCAGCAGGGGGCGGCCGAGGGCGGCGACAGGGCGCCCCUAGCCGCCGACCAGGGCAGCGUCAAGAAGGGCAGCAACAGCAGCAAAGGCACCAAGAAGUUCCGGCUGGAGGGGACCCUGCUGAGGACCUACAUCUGCCACAUCAUCUUCAAGACCCUCUUCGAGGUGGGCUUCGUCGUGGGCCACUACUUCCUCUACGGGUUCCGGAUCCUGCCCCUCUACCGCUGCAGCAGGUGGCCCUGCCCCAACGUGGUGGACUGCUUCGUGUCGCGGCCCACGGAGAAGACCAUCUUCAUCCUGUUCAUGCUGUCUGUGGCCUCCGUGUCCCUCUUCCUCAACAUUCUGGAGAUGAGCCACCUGGGCCUGAAGAGAAUCCGGUCGGCCUUCAAGAGGCCCGUGGAGCAGCCCCUGGGGGAGAUCCCCGAGAAGUCCCUGCACUCCAUCGCCGUCUCCUCCAUCCAGAAAGCCAAGGGCUACCAGCUGCUGGAAGAAGAGAAAAUCGUGUCCCACUAUUUCCCUCUGACCGAGGUCGGGAUGGUGGAGACCAGCCCCCUCUCUGCCAAGCCUUUCGCACAGUUCGAGGAGAAGAUGGGCCCCGGGCCCCUGGGGGACCUGUCCCGGGCUUACCAAGAGACACUGCCUUCCUACGCUCAGGUGGGAGCCCAGGAGGGAGAGGGGGGAGAGCAGCCCGUGGAGGAGGGGGCGGAACCGGAGGUGGGAGACAAGAGGCAGGAAGCCGAGAGAGUGAGCACGGAGGGGCAGGAGACCCUGGCAGUGCUGGAGGGGGAGAAAGUGGAGACUCCCGAGGUCGGGAAGGAGGGUGAGAAGGACGAGCUGCAGGCUGAGAAGGUAGCCAAGCAAGGGCUGCCCGUGGAGAAGUCGCCUUCACUGUGUCCCGACCCGAGCAGGGAUGACACCAGACCACUGAGCAGGCUGAGCAAGACCAGCAGCCGCGCCAGGUCCGACGAUCUAACCGUGUGAAGUGUUGCCGAAGAAAGAGAGAGAAGAAAACCCCUGAGCUGACCUAGGGCAAGA